GAUCAAAAGAUGUGUUUGAUUGCAAUCAAACAAAAUGAAACCCGUGUUUGAACGUAACCCUAAUUUCUCAAAUCGAUUUGGGGAUUUCUCUUGUAGAGAUGGUAAAGACGAAGUUCACAAGGAAUGGAAAGGAGGUAAUGAUUUUCGGAGCGAUGAGGAAUUUCGAUUACGGGAGUGACGAAGCGGUUCAAGAGUCGAAGAAGGGUGGAGAACGCGAUGCUUCUGUGAGUUUGCCAUCGCUGGAGAGAUCGAGGAUUCGUAAAAGCGUUGAAGGGAUAUCGAUGUUGGCAUCUACAGAGGUGUCGAAGGCGUCGAAGACUAGGCGGGGAACUUCAUAUGGGUCGCCUGCGUCAUCUCCGGAGAAGACCACGAGGAGGGGAACUUCAUAUGGGUCGCCUGCGUCAUCUCCGGUGAAGGCCACGAGGCGUGGUUCAACUCUGUCUCCUAGAGUUUCGAAGAAGCAGAAGGUAAAUGUGGCUCCUUCUGGUGAUGACAGAGAAGAAUGGCCAGAGACUGAGAUGUUGGCAUCAACAGUUGCGAAGAAGACAAGGCGGGGAACUUCAUCUGGCGGGUCGCCUGUGUCUCCUAGACAAUCGAAGAAGCAGAAGGUAAACUCGGAGAGGAGUCUAGGUGAUGAUGGUGAUGACAGAGAAGAAUUUCUCCAGAUUGAGGAAUUUGGGGAUAUAGGUGAUGAUGGUAGGGAAGAUGAGAACGGUAUUGCUGGCAUUGAGGAAGUUGGUUGUACAGAUUUGAGUCUUUAUUUUGGUGAUAAAGCAAAAAAUGAUGACUGUGAGGUUGAUGAAGACGAAGGCGAUGAUGAUGCAUGGGAUGAUGAUAAAAUCCCUGAUCCUCUGUCAUCAGAUGAUGAGAAUGAAGAGGAGAUGAGACCUGCGCAAGCUUACAGAGAAGACACUGAUCCAGAGGAGCUCCUUCAGCUAGGCAAGACAUUUUCAGAUGCUGAGGACUUCAAACAUGCUUGUCUGAGGUAUACCCUGAAAACCAGAUACAACAUCAAGUACUACAGAUCCAGUAGCUUGAAGAUGGGUGCAAAAUGUGCCGCUGAGAUGAGAGAUGAUGAGGCUCCUUGUCCCUGGAUGGUCUACUGUUCGUAUGAUAGGAGGAAACAGAAGUUGAUGGUAAAGACAUACGUCAAUGACCAUAAGUGUGAGAGGACAGGGUAUUCGAAGAUACUUAAGAGGUCAGCAAUUGCAAGUCUAUUUGCUGAGAGGUUAAGGCUGAAUCCUAAGCUCACGGCAAAGGAGAUACAAUCUGAGAUAUUGAGGGAGUAUAAGAUGGAAGUUUUAGAAAACUCAUGCAUUAAGGCCAAGACGAAGGUGAUGAAAGAAAGGAGGAAGACCCAUGAGGAGCAUUUUGAUAAAAUCUGGGAUUACCAAGCAGAGAUAUUGAGGAGCAAUCCUGGAUCAACCAUGGAAAUUGAGACCAUACCAGGAGCCACGGUUGGAACCAAGCAACGGUUCUACAGACUCUACAUGUGUUUCCAAGCACAAAAGGAAGCAUGGAAGAAGACUUGUAGGCCUGUUAUUGGCUUAGAUGGAGCCUUUUUGAAAUGGGACAUCAAGGGACAGUUGUUGGCUGCGGUUGGAAGAGAUGGAGACAAUAGGAUUGUCCCUAUUGCUUGGGCUGUAGUGGAGAUAGAGAAUGAUACAAACUGGGAUUGGUUUGUGAAGCGUUUGGCCUUGGAUUUGGGAUUGGAAAAUGGGAACGGCUUUGUUAUAAUGUCUGACAAACAAAAGGUAAACACUUUGCUUUCAUGAUACUCAAUGGGAUGAUAGAGUGGCCUCGGACCAAUAGAUUAGGUGUGAUUCCACCACCUAAUCGAAAUGGCAAGCCUGGUAGGCCUAAAAACCAUGAUCGAAAGAAGGGAACCAAUGAGACAGUGUCUACUACCAAGCUGAGUCGUGCGAACAGGGUAAUGACAUGCUCUAAUUGCAAAGAAGAAGGGCACUACAAGAAUACAUGUCGGAAGGCUUUUGUUGAGAGCCCACCUAAAAAACCAAGAGGCAGACCAAGGAAAUAUCAGGGACUACACUUUGGCGAGUCACAAGCUCAAUCCUCAGAAGCUCAAACCUCACAAAAUCAAUCCUCACAAGCUCAAGCAUCACCAUGGGAAGUUCCUCAAUCUUCAGAAGGUCAAUCCUCACAAGCUGAAGCAUCACAGACAGCAUCGUGGGGAAGAUGGUUGUUUUAGAUGCUUGUGUGUUGUUUAUGAUGGUCUCUUUCUGAAUGCUUUCGUUGUCUGUUGUUUAUGAUGGUGUCUCUGUCUGAAUGCUUUUGGAACAAGAACUACCUUUUUCUUUCUUCUUUUCCUGCUGUUUUAAUUUGAAACUCUCAAUGAAGAUAGUCUUGGUUAUUA